AACAUCAUUUGGGCCGGUCAUCAAACUCACCACAGCUCGGAGGAUUACAAUUUAACUACAGCUCUACGGCAGUCCUUCCUGCAAAAAUAUUUUUCUUGGAUGUUUUAUUGGCCAAUGGCUUUCUUCAUCCCUCCAUCUGUGUUUGCUGUCCAUCUGCAGUUUAAUCUCCUGUACCAAUUCUGGAUCCACACCGAGCUCAUAAACAAUCUGGGUCCGCUGGAACUGAUCCUCAACACACCAAGUCAUCAUCGAGUCCAUCAUGGUAGAAAUCCAUACUGCAUAGAUUCUAAUUAUGGUGGCACACUGAUCAUCUGGGACAGGAUAUUUGGAACUUUUGUGCCGGAAAAAGAGAAAGUUGUGUACGGUCUGACCCACCCGAUCAAUACCUUUGAACCAUUUAACGUCCAGCUGCAGCAUUGUGUCUACAUUUGGAAUACAUUUUGGAGUACCCCAGGCUUCUCCAACAAACUAUCUGUAAUAUUUAAAGGACCAGGGUGGGGACCUGGAAAACCUCGGCUUGGGCUUCCAGAAGAACUUCCAAAGGUUACUGGAGAUGAGGAACCCUAUGACUCAAGACUCUCAAAAUCCAUGCAGAUAUAUUCGAUCAUUCACUUUAUUCUCCUACUUGCUGUGUAUCAGCACAUGUUUGAAGCUAAACUUGUGUUAACGCAGAUGACGCUUCUUUUGAGGAUUCUGUACAUUCUCCUGACUUUAACAUCACUGGGAUUUCUCCUGGAGAAUAAACCUGGUGCAGCCAUUUUGGAAUCCAUCCGAUGCUGUGUCUUCUUGUUCCUUCAAAACUUUGGCUAUUUAACGACAGAUAUUCCCAAAUUGACAAACAUAUGCGAGGUGAUAUUUUCCCUCUGUACUGUUCUUUGGGGACUACAAGCCAUAAAACAAUUCAUCACCAAGAAACCACAGAAGCAGGAGUGAAGUUUCAAAUCAUCCUCAAAGAGAAGAAAUAUGACCUAUCAUGCUACAUUGUUUUGAGAAAAAGUGAUAAAUAAGAAUAUUCAUUGCAACAACAUGACCCAAAAAGUGCUGAAAUUUGUAAAUAAUUCUAUAAUAAAGAUAUACUGUAAUUUUCUG